CAUUUUCUAAUGUUAGGCGAGAUGUGUCGCGGUUAGCCAAGAUUUGUGACAACCCUGAGCAAAAAAGCGUAACGCAUGAACGCAGGAGACCGUUUUUAGUGCCAUUUCCGGCUUGCGUAAGUGCGCCGUGCGUGUUUCGUUUUGCGUUAAGUUCAAGUUUUGUCCGUUUCCGGCGGAAACAGUGCGUUUUAAAAUGCAGCAGCCCAUCGUUCUUUACUCCGGUUCGUUUGCCACCCAUCAGCAGUAUACGAAUGGAAUCCCCGCAGCGGCCAGCGACCCCAACUUGCAGUUCUUCAAGCAGACAUUCCAACAACCGCUACAGUACGGGCUGCCGGGCUAUGAACAGACCGUCGAGGGAACAAAUUCGACGGCCAGUACUAAACCGUGGCCAUCCGAUGAAAAUUUCGACAACAAUUCAUCGUCGAGCAGUUCCGUUGAGGUUGCGCCAGAUUUGGGAUCCAUUGCCGAUAUGCUGCCGAUUCAGGAUUUCCAGCAUUUGGCCGAUUUGGAGAACCGAAUCGCUUCGGUGCAGCAGUAUGAAUCCUUGUUGUCACAACUCCAACUUCUUUCGGUCCGGUGCAACGGUUUGUUGAACGAAAUGUUGCGGAACUUUAUUGCGGAUCCGGUGCUGGGACGGAUUGGAUUCGCUCGAACCAAGAACGGAAAAUAUCACUGCACGAUGCGGAACGAUUUGCAGCGGAUCAUGAUGGCCAUCAAAGCCUGCUGGUUUCCAACGCUGAGUCAGAACGCAUUUGAGAUGCAGUUGGGUCAGUUGCUGAAAAAUGCUCAUAGCCGGUACAAGUUUAAGCCAAACGACUCUCCCGGCGAACCGCUGGCUGUGAACAGUCCGGCUUCGUCAAAGGACCAGGAAGCACCGUUGAAUUUCGAGGGUCAAUCGGUAACCUUCCAGCAACCGAUUGUGCCAGUACAACCCGCAGUUAUGGCAGCACCACAGCCGCAGGAUAUGCAUAUGUUCCUGCAGAACCAGUGGUACCGUUAUGCUGUCUACUACAGGGAUCGAUACCAGGUGGCCAGAAAAGCGAACCUAAAAAUGAAGACCGAUUUUGCCGAGCAGGAGAAGGACAACCGGAAACGGAUUUCCGCUUGUCGCAAGCGAAUACGGACAAUGGAGCGGUACAUGGAUGCUCUGGAGAAACGGUUGCGACGUACGGAUUGAGAUGUUGCGAAUGGAUCGGGGUCCAAAAGGGUAAACCAGCGGUACGUACUUCAUACGAAUUUUAAUAUGUUUUUGUUAUCUCUUUAUGUCCCUUCUGUCACUACUAACGAAUUCUUUCUAAUUCCCCUUAUGU